AAAAAAUGCGCGCAUAGGGAUAGGGAGAGGGCAAGUGCUAGCGUUUCUGCACGUGAACGUGGAGUGGAACAUCCUAGAGUAGAUCUCGAGUUACCAGCAUCUCAAACUCUAAGGACUAAGCCAAAGCAAUGGAAGACCAGGAUUUUUUGGAAAAAAACUUCUCAGCUCUCGUCAGAAGAGUAAAAUCUGUGAUGCCUAUCGCUGAUCAGCUGCUUGAAAAACAAAUGAUUUCCCAAGAGAAGUACUCAGAGAUCAAUGCGCAGAGAACAAGUCAUGAUCAAAUGAGAGAGCUUUUGUCUGUUGUAAAUUCUGGAGGACCUAAAGUAAAAUCAUACUUUAUCAAAGUACUGAAUAAGGAGGAGCCUUUCCUUGUUCAAGACCUUAAAACAUCUUCCUCACAGACCUCUCCUGGAGUUCUGCAAUCUCAUAAAGCAGAAGCACAAGACACGACAGACAGACCUCUGGAAGUUCCUAUCAGGAGGACCCCCUACUCUAUCAAGCACAGAAGUAAAAUAGAGGAGUUACUGAAUGACAACUCGAAACGAAAGAUUGGCAGCAUCUUCUUUUCUAAAAAUGACAAAUACCUAAUUGUCCCAAAAUGCAGUGGAAAACAAAUCUAUCUUGGUCUGAAAGAAGACGGUACUGAAGUAGCCAUCAAACGAAUUAUAAGAAACGACGAAAACUUUGAAAAUGAAGUGAAGAUUUUACAAGAUUUAAAGCUUGAGAGCAAAAACAUAGUCAGAUAUGUGGACUUAGCAAAGGAUGAUGAUUUUUAUUAUCUUGCGCUACAGCUUUGUGAAUAUGAUUUAGAGGGCUACAUGGAUGAGCUCCGUAAAGAAGAAGCUGAAAACAAAGUCACUGCUUUGAAGAAAGUAGUGAAGGAGGUGCUUCUCGGCCUUCAGGUUCUUCACCGUGCUAAAGUGAUACAUCGAGAUAUAAAACCUAAAAAUGUUUUGAUAGAUUCAGGAAAUAAUGCAAGACUGGCUGACUUUGGUAUAAGCCGCAGACUGGAGGAUGAUAAAAGUACAGUGUACACUGGGAGAGCUGGGACCAAAUGCUGGGAGGCAGUGGAGACCCUUGAACCGACUGAAAAAACUGGAUACAAAAGAAGCUCAGAUGUCCAGGUGGCUGGAAUGUUGGUGUACUACAUCCUCUCUGAUGGGAAACAUCCUUUUAAAGGAAAUGUCCUAUGGGAGCAAGAGGCUAAAAUUAGAGAAGGGAAUUACUCUCUUGAUGAAGUUGAUGAUGUAGUUGCAAAAGAUCUCAUUGAGAGAAUGAUCAGCAAAGUCCAGAAGGAGAGACCGACUGUUGAUGAGGCCCUAAAUCACCCUUAUUUCUGGGAUGAUGAUAGGAAGGAUGCAGUUCUUAGGAAACUGGGUGAUAUAAGAGAAGUUCAAUACUAUAAGGAUUUAGAAACACUUUACAACCUCUACAACAACGUGAAGAACAGUGAAGGAAUAGAGCGAACACCAGAUGAGAUCAUUGACAGGGCUAUUAAGCAGCAGUUAAUCCAAAAAAAUAGAAGGAAUGAUUUAAAGGACAUAGUGGGUGAAGAUUCAACAAAACUUCUACAGCUUUGUGACACUGCAAAGAAGUACAGUGAGAAUAAAACAUUUUCUAACUGGAAAAGUAAGCUUCCAGGUAAGGAAAAACCUUUCCCGGAGGACUUACUGGGCCUGCUACGUUUUAUGCGCAACAAGCUGGUGCAUGUAACACAGGAAUUUGAAGGAGAGAACAUGCUCAAUCGUUUCCCAGAUUUCUUCAUAAGUUUAUACGGGCUGGCAAAAGACCUGAGCUGGGAUUUCUGAUGAUGCAGAGGACACAUAGACAUAGACAAGUUUUGGGGCAGAUUUUAGCAGUUUUUUAAACAAGCAUAGAUUUGUAUAUUUAUUUUUCUAUCAAUUAUAUUUCUUAUUUGUUAUAUAUAUAUAUGCAUUUACUAACUUUUAUAUAUUCAUUUUAUUUCAUAUAAUUUUCACUCAUUUUAUCAGUCAUUAUUAUUCCUGCUGUUUCUCUUUUGGUUUUGAGUUUACAAGUACUGUAGAUAUGUUUGCAAUUUAAAUGUCUUGAAUAACGUCACAGGAAAAUGUUGUGAAACAGUAAAUGUACACACUCUAUGCUUGGUAUAAUAACACCUGCUAAAUCUUUUUAUAAAAAGUUUUUAAGAUUAUUCAGUAAACCAUUUUAUUGUAUUUUAUAUCAUUUUAUCUCCUACCUUUUUAUUUAUCUC